AUGGGUGUUCUCAGCUGCCCGCUGCCCGCUCUGAUGCUGGUUCUCAUGCUGCCCCUGCUGGAGGAAAGUCUCCCUGCUCCCCGCACUCUGCAGGAGGUUCAGGUCCCACUCAUAGAUGUCGAGACGUGCAAUGACCUCUAUAGCAAACCCAUCACAGGGUCCCCAGGGUCGCGUCCCAUCAAAGACGGCAUGGUGUGUGCUGGCUACCCCGAAGGAGGGAAGGACUCCUGCCAGGGGGAUUCUGGGGGACCCCUCGUUUGCCCGCAGGCAGGUUCCUGGUUCCUGAUCGGCAUCGUGAGCUGGGGAAUUGAGUGUGCCCUCCCCUACCGUCCUGGGGUCUAUACCCGGGUCUCGGCCUAUUCCGACUGGAUCCAGCGGCAGCUCCCCAGUGUGGAAUUUGGGGUGGCUAAUGUCACCAUUAGCCCUCAGCCUAAUGCCGGCUACACUCCAGCACCCACCCCCCUGCUUCUCGGCACCCUCCUGGUGGCCAGCGCUGCCCCAGGGAUGGGGCCACCGCUUUCUAAGCUGCUAAUUUAA